AUGGAGGCGCUUCUUCACCAAUCGAGGGCCAUGUGUCCGUUUCUGCACAAGACCUCGCCCGCGACCCUGAGGUCCCUUUCCACCUCGACCGCCGCCCACAGCGUUUCGACCGGUGGCGGUAGCAUGUCCAACCUGCAGCUCAUCGCCCGCCGCUGCCCCGUCAUGGGCAAGGCCCUCGCUGUGCAGAGUGCCCGCACCGGCAACACCGUUCUCGCCGGCGCCUUUGGCGGUACUCGUGCUUACCACGCCAAGGUCGGCCACAGGGCCAGGCUGCACACCUCUUCCUCCAAGGAGGCCCAGGCUGUCGAUGUCGCUUCCGUCCGCCGCGAGCGAGUCCCAUUCCCGCAGAACGCCCACCCCACCAAGGCCGCCACGAGCGAUGUCGCACCCCAGAAGCUCACUGGCAAGCCGCCAACCCCGCAGCCGGCCAAGUUCGACUACGAGGGCUUCUACCAGAAUGAGCUCGACAAGAAGCACAAGGACAAGUCGUACCGCUACUUCAACAACAUCAACCGUCUCGCCAAGAACUUCCCGCGUGCCCACAUGGCGACGGAACAGGAGGAGGUCACCGUCUGGUGUGCGAACGAUUACUUGGGCAUGGGCCGCAACCCGCACGUCCUGAAGCGGAUGCACGAGACGAUGGACAAGUACGGUGCCGGAGCUGGCGGCACCAGGAACAUUUCUGGUCACAACCAGCAUGCCGUUGAGCUGGAGGGCACAAUCGCGAAGCUGCACGCGAAGGAGGCUGCGUUGGUUUUCUCUUCCUGCUACGUCGCGAACGAUGCUACUCUCGCAACGCUCGGUAGCAAGCUCCCCGACUGCGUCAUUCUCUCCGACAGCCUCAACCACGCCUCGAUGAUUCAGGGUAUCCGUCACUCGGGAGCGAAGAAGAUGGUGUUCAAGCACAACGAUCUGGCCGAUCUGGAGGCGAAGCUCGCUUCGCUCCCUCCGGACACCCCGAAGAUCAUCGCGUUCGAGAGUGUUUACAGCAUGUGUGGAUCCAUCGGACCCAUCGAGGAGAUCUGCGAUCUCGCGGAUAAGUACGGAGCCAUUACCUUCUUGGACGAAGUCCAUGCCGUCGGCAUGUACGGCCCGCACGGCGCUGGUGUUGCCGAGCACCUGGACUACGAGGCCCACGUUCAGGGCAAGCCGAGGGGCACCAUCAUGGACCGCGUCGACAUCAUUACCGGUACUCUCGGCAAGGCCUACGGAUGCGUUGGUGGCUACAUUGCGGGAUCUGCCAAGUUUGUCGACACUAUUCGCUCCCUGGCUCCCGGCUUCAUCUUCACCACCUCCCUUCCCCCGGCAACUAUGGCUGGUGCUCAAACUGCGAUCGAGUACCAGAUGAACUACCAGGGUGACCGCCGUCUCCAGCAGCUGCACACUCGCGCCACCAAGGACGCGCUGGCUGCCAAGGACAUUCCCGUCAUCCCUAACCCUAGCCACAUCGUCCCUGUGCUUGUUGGUAACGCUGAAUUGGCUAAGAAGGCCAGCGACAUGCUUCUCGAAGAGUGGAACAUCUAUGUCCAGGCCAUCAACUACCCGACUGUCCCGGUCGGUCAGGAGCGUCUGCGCGUUACCCCUACUCCCGGCCACACGCGUGAGUUCCGCGACCAGUUGGUGAAGGCAUUGGACAGCGUCUGGACCCAGCUCGGCAUCAAGCGCACCAGUGAGUGGGCUGCCGAAGGUGGUUUCAUCGGCGUUGGUGAGGCGGACAAGGCCCCGGAGACGCCCCUCUGGACCGAUGCCCAGCUCGGUAUCGACGGCGUCAUCGCGGAGCUGAAGGCCGGUCAGGGCGCUACCGGCGUCCUCGAGGCCAUCCUCGAGCAUGAGAGGAAGCAGACGGCCGGUGCGGUCGCCGCGGCUGCUUAA